GAUUUCUUCGGGUCAUAAAGAUCGAGCCAACGUCUUCUUCUAGUUAGAGCUUACCCCUACCAAGCAGAGAUGUCUCGCAGUAUGCCGGAGGCCGUGGCGUGGACGACGAGCGGAGACGCCAAGCUGGGGCUGCGCGACGUGCAGGCGGCGGGUGUGCACGAGCAGGCGCGCGCCAACUGGGAGCCCUACGACUUCAACGGCGGCACCGUGCUGGCCAUCGCGGGCGAGGACUUCGUGGUGGUGGCGGGCGACACGCGCCUGAGCACGGGCUACUCGGUGCUGUCCCGCGAGGAGAGCAAGCUGCACCAGCUGACGCCCACCUCGGUGCUGGGCUGCCCCGGGUCGCACAACGACAUCAUCCAGCUGCGCGGCGUGCUGAGCAUCCGCGCGCAGAUGUACCAGCACGACAACGAGACGGCCAUGAGCUCGAGCGCCAUGGCGCAGCUGCUGAUGAACACGCUGUACUCGCGCCGCUUCUUCCCGUACUACGCCUUCUGCAUCCUCUGCGGCAUCGACGAGAACGGCAAGGGCGCCGUGUACACGUACGACGCCAUCGGCUCGUACGACCGCGUCACGCGCGCGGCGCAGGGCAGCGGCGGCCACCUGAUGAUCCCGCUGCUGGACAACCUCGUGGAGCACGACACGCGCACGGACCCCAAGAAGACGCUGUCGCUGCAGGAGACCAAGGACAUCAUCAAGGACGCCUUCAUUACGGCUGGAGAGAGAGAUAUUUACACGGGCGACAGCGUGGAGAUCUUGACCAUUAAGGCUUCGGGCAUUGCCAGGGAGGUGUUCGCGCUCAAGAAGGACUAGAGCUGCGCAGUCGUCUUCCUUCUUCCGUGCUAAAGUGGGGAGGAGGCCCGAGCUGAGGUCACUCGAGUUUCUCAGCUCUUCCCGUCUUUGAGUAAGUAGGCGCCACAAUAACUACCACUACCGUCAAUGACACCCCCUUCCUCCU